AAGCAGAAGUGGAGAUGGCUUUCUUUGCGACCGUGCUCCUUCUCUGUUAUCUGUGUGAAGCAGAGCCCAGUGACGUCUCUCAGCCCGUUUCGGUGCGAACACUGAAGCUCGGAGAAUCGGCGACCAUCGAAUGCUUCUUAAAGAGUGUCAUUUAUAAUAGAGUGUGGUACAAACUGACAGCAGAGAGAAGACUGCAGGUGGUUGCAACUUAUUCUUCUCGCUACAAUUGGAGUGCAGUUGUUGACGAACUGAAACAUCGUUAUUCAGUUCAUUCCAAUGGGAUCAAUAAUCACUUGACCAUAACAGCAGCGUCUUGGGAUGAUGCUGGAACUUACUUCUGUGGAGUUCUGCGGCUGAAUGACAUUCAGUUUGGGUCAGGAACCUUGUUGAUGCUACAAGGCGUGAAGCUGAACCACUCUGUGGUCCAGCCGCCGAAAUCCCAGCCAGCCGGGUCGGAGGACGCCGUGCCUUUCAGCUGUACUUUCCACGCCGCUCAGUGCACGGCAGAGGACACUGGGGUCAUGUGGCUGAAAACCUCUCAGCGUUCCGCGCCAGAAGUCAUUCACGUGUCUCGGAAAGCAGACGACUCCUGUAAGAGGACCGAGCGCGGGGAAACGACCUGCGUGCACAAGCUCCUCGUCAGAGACGUCGACUCCGACGGAGGGGGAACUUACUACUGCGCCCCCACCGUGUGUGGACAGACACAGUUUGGAAAUGUGUCCAUGGUUUUUAACAGUGGCCUGAAUCCAACUGUUGUUGUACUGGUGACGUCAAACAUCAUUUUUGGAAUCACGACUCUCCUCCUGUCCUGGAUGCUUUGUAGAUCCCGGAGGAAAGCUUCUGCUGGGGCCCCUAAAAGAACUUUUGCUGAUCAGACUGCAGAAUCCGUCGUCUAUUCGAGUGUGUCUUCGCCCCACCGAAUCGUCGAUUGCCGAUCGUCCACAGCGACGCACAGCGCAUCAGACGAGGACAGUGUGAAAAGUGGCCGUGGAGUUGCAAGGCAAUGUAAGGCUGUGGAGGAGACGGCAUGGAUGGGAAGGAACAGAAAGGGAUAG